AUGGUGUGGGUGCGUUUCCCAGGUUUAGGAUUAGAAUUCUGGAAUGAGAAGAUUUUAUUUACAAUCUGUAAUGAAAUUGGUACACCAAUUAAAGUUGAUAAUGCUACAGCUAGAUGUGAAGUUGGUUAUUAUGUUAAUGUAUUGGUGGAAGUAGGUUUUUCUCAACACAUUCCUAGCAAGGGCGGACCAAUAGGAUUUGAGAAGAACAAGAAUGUUGGUGAACAAGAACAUAUGGUUCCAAUAAUUCCAAAAGAGAUGAAUAUUUCAAAUCAAGAGAAAUCUAAUACAACGGAAAAGUUUAAUCCAAAAGAGAAGCCUAAUCCAAUUCCCUUUGAUAUCUGUGAUUUUCCAUCUAAAGAAGAUUCAAUAGUUAAGACUAUUCAAAACACCAUUCCAGCAAGUAAUUCUUGUGGUGAAAUUCUAUCACAACAAAGUAAAAUUAGCCCUCUGGAGAUUGAAGAUAAUGUUGAAGUGCCUGAAGCAAUUAUAAUAGAAGUACCAUCUCAAACAACAGUUGAAGCAGUGAAUUUGGAAAGUAAUAUGGUUAAAUUUGUUGAUGGAACAAAUGGAACAGUAGUGAUUACACCAGUGCAAGUUAUUUCUUGGGCCAAAGUGGUGGAGAAGAACAAAGUUAAUUCAACAUCAGAUUCUGGAAGUCCAUCUGCUCAUCUUAGUAUGGUGGAGAAAGAAAUGAACAAAAGUAUUGCUCAACCACAAGUCAUUUCAGUUUCUAGUCAAAUGAUAACAGUAAGUGUAGGUGAUGUAUUGGUGUCAGGUGUUCAUGCACAUGUCAAAGUGGUUCAAAGAAGAUUUUUGUGGUCUGAAAUGCAGCUAAGAAGUGAUCUCAACAAGCCAUGGAUAAUUCUUGGUGAUUUUAAUGCAGUAAUUGCUCAAGAAGAAAAAGUAGGUGGGAAAGCUUCUAAUAGAAAUGCAAUGUUGGAAUUCAGUGAAUGUCUUAAUCAGUGUGAAUUACUUCCAGCUCCUAAAACUGGUUUACAAUUUUCAUGGUCAAAUUGUCAACAAGGAAGUAAAAUAAUUCUCUGUGCCUUAGAUAGAGUGGUCUUCAACCAAAAAUGGUUACAACUCUAUGGAGAUUGGGGUUACAAGAUAGGUAUGAGGAUAAUAUCUGAUCAUGCUCCUCUGUUGGGAGUGUUGGGCAAAGACAAUAAUCGGGGAUCCUGCUUUUCAGUUCUUGCAAAAAUUGAAGGAAUUAAAAAAGAAGCUCUCAAUAAUUUAGUUAAGGCUCAAAAUGAACAUGCAAGUAGAGAGGUUCAAGCAAAUACAUUGUUAAGGCAGAAGUCUAGAGUUAAGUGGAUUAAGGAAAGAGAAGCCAAUACAAGUUUAUUUCAUACCAAUAUGAAGAUUAGAAACUCAAUAAAUAUGAUUUGUGAACUUGAAGAUAAAGAUGGUAAUAUGAUUGCUGAUCAAGAAAAAAUUGUAGACUUAUUGGUUAAUCACUUUCAAGAAAAAUUUCAGUAUAAACCUGUGGAAUAUACUGACAAGUUAUUAGAUGUGAUUCCUAAAGUCAUUAAUGAGGAAGAUCAAAAAAUGUUGGAGGAUAUUCCUAAAGAAGAAGAUAUUAAAGAAGUUGUUUUUGAUAUUGAUCAAGAGAAUGCUCCAGGCCCUGAUGGAUUCUCAGCAAGAAUAUCUGUUAUGGUUAAUGGUGGUCCAUGUGGAUUUUUUCCUAUGGAGAGAGGCUUGAAACAGGGAGAUCCCAUAUCUCCAAUUAUGUUUGUAAUAAUGGAGGAAGUAUUAAGCAGAAACAUUUCAGCUCUGGUGGAGAGAGGAGAGUUGCAGCCAAUGGUCACCAAAAAAGUAAUGAGGGAAAAAAGUCUCUUGAACCUUCUCAAGCUUCUAGAUUGCUACCAAGUUAGUUUAGGUCAAAUAAUUAAUAAAGCUAAAAGUAAGCUUUUUGUGGAUGAUACUGAUGAGUGCUAA